AAUCAAUUCUGCAAAAAAGAAACUAAAAAACCCUCUGCGAGAUUGACUGACAAGCCUGGAAGGAAUUCAUAUUGAGAACGGUAGCUGCCGGAACGGCUUCUUACUCCGGCAGGCGGCGAGAUCGUCUUCCUAUUUCUUCCUCUGUGGAAUCUUCUUCAACGAUGCUCCGCCGUUGUUGAACGCAAGAUCAAUAAAAAUUUGCAAGAACGCUCCGCGAUCGAGGAGGGGAGAAAUCGAGAAAGAAGCUGCGGAGGAGUUUCAUCUUAUCAUUUUUUUCCCUGAUGUCAAUGUAGCCACAUUAGCGUAAUAGUCGUCAGGUUUCGGCAAUUGUUCUUCGUUUUCCUUUGAAUUGAAGUUGUUUUCCCAAUAAUCUCGAUUCUGUAAACUGAAAACUGCUGGUGGGCGGGUGAUUGUAUAUGAUGCGUUGUGAUGAUUUGAGAACAUACAUAUGGAAUUGGCGUGGUGAUUAUGUCAGGAUUCAAUCCUCUGCUGUUAUUCUCUUAUUCGUUCAAAUUGGUUGUGCGCUGAUCGGAUCUCUGGGGGCAUCGUUCAACGGGGUCUCACUGGCUAAUCUUGGAAUUGCCUUGUUUGCUUUGGUCGCCAUAGAAAGUAGCAGUGAGAGGCUUGGCAGAACCUAUGCCGUCCUUCUCUUCUUUGCCAUUUUGCUUGACAUUUCAUGGCUCAUUCUCUUCUCACAUGAAAUUUGGACCAUUUCAUCCGAGACCUAUGGAACCUUUGUAACGUUCUCGUUGAAACUUACUCUGUCGAUGCAAAUAAUUGGAUUUUGUUUGAGGCUAUCAUCCUCUUUAUUGUGGAUUCAGAUGUACAAACUUGGUGCUUCUUACGUAGACAAUCCCAAUCAUCGUGAAGGAUAUGCUGAUUUGAAUCAGAGUUUUCUCAAUCCUGCAACACCUUCUAUAGUUAGACAACCCUCUGGCUCUGAUGAAGUUUUAGGAGGAUCUAUAUGCGACCCUUCAUAUUAUUCAUCUUUGUUUGGGGAUGGUAGAGAUGAGGCAUAUUUUUCAGAGGCUAUUCAAAAUCAUGACACAUUGCUUCAAUCAACUACAACUGAAGACGUUAUUCAGAUGAAAUCAUCCAUGGGAAGAUCUGUUUGCAGCAUGGAAGCUGGAAGCGUUGCUGCUGGGAAUUCGCUACAUGUAUGAACUAGUAUAUAUUUGCUUACUCCCUCCGUCCUAAACUUUUCUUCCUACUCACCUCAAACGUGUGGUUGUGGUUUAUUUAGAAAACAUGGAAACAAUAUCAACCACAAAUCUUUCUUUGAAAGGAAAUAUGAAGAAAUUUUUCGGGACGUUCCACAUGGAGGGAGAUUUUUUUUCUUCAUAUAUUUUUUAAACUCAAUUUCGUCAAAGUCCUUAUCGAUCAUUAUUCUUUUCCUAUAGUUUUAUGCUGCAGUGCUUACUUGGUUUUCACUAGGUUGUUAUU